AUGUAUGCUCAAUCUUUUGUGGAUCAUUCCAAGAGAAUUAGCAAUAAACAUAAUAAUUAAAAUCAACUUCAAUCACCUAGAAAAAAUGGAGUUGGUGAAAGAUAUCUUGAUUAAGCAUCCGAGACUAAAAAGUACUUCGAUAAACUAAUAUCUUAAUUACAAAUUUAUAGAUCAAUGAGCACAUCAAGAGUUGGAGCAGGCUAAACUACUUAUGAUUUGAGAAGAUUUGGGCAAUAUUAAGGACCUCAAAUGGGUCCGUUAUAUGAUUAAUAAUCAGCAGUCAAUCAAAGUCUUGAGUUUGGAAAAGGAAACCCUGCUUUAUAGACAUUUGCUAGCGGUUUCUCAGGUGCAAUGUCUUAAGGAAGUCAGUCAGUUGGAAGAAGAACAAGAUGUUCAGACAGAUUUGUCAAGUAUCCAUAUCCAAAAACAAUGAUUACUAACUACUAGAAGGAAUAUCAUCAAAAGAAUGAGAAGAGUAUCCUCAUUCCACAAAAAGAAACAUUCAAUCCAGAAAAAGAGCACAAAAUUAUAAAUCCCCAUAAGAUGGAAUUAUCAACGACAAAUAAAGUAGCUUACUAGCCAUUUGCAGUCCAACCAUAGAGAAAGAGUAUGCAAAGAGCACCAAAGAGUGACGCUCCAGCUUAGCAAUAAAGCUCUUAUAUGGCCGGCUUCCCUAACUGGAACAAUGGACAUUAAGAUGUUUAUCAUGAAAAACAUCCUUAAUAUCCAUAUUAUUCUCUUCCUUUUAAGGGAUCAUCUUCAUAUUAAAAUAGUUUCACUGAAGAAUAGAUGAGACAACUUAGAAAGCAUCAAGAGAUGAUUGCUUCAUUAGGAAAGACAUCCUCAGUUAAUCAUUAUCAGCCACAUCAAUUUGACUUUGAGACAACUAAUUAAUCUGAAUAUAAGCCAUUCAGAUUAGCUAACAGACCAAUUACCCAAAAGCCUGUGGUAGAGCCUGUUAGAACUAAAGCAUUCCCACUUCACUUUGAGACUCAGAAUAAGAAGGAAUUCGUGCAACACUAAAUAAGAGUGCCAGAAAUAGAUCUCAUUCAAUAUCCAUGA